CUUUCCCUCACAAUGGCUCCCACGCACUGUAUUAGAAAUACUACACAAAUCCUUAUAACUUACUUAGAUUACGAUCCUUUAUUACAGUGAUUUUUAAACUUUCAUAAUAUUAUAUGUUAACAUAGACUUACACUACCUACAUAAAUUACAGUCAAAAAUAUUGUUUUGACAACUAUUUACAUAUUAUCAAAAAAACAAACAUAAAUAGAUUGUGGCGCCCUCUCCCGCAGUGCCAUCACGCGACAACACGCAAAUAUAACAGAAGCGAUACAAACAUACAUUAUGAAAAUCUUAAUUGUGGUUAAUUUCGUUUCCGUAAACAUUUUGCAUGAAAGGUAAGGUGCAAUUUUAAUACAAUAUUUCAUUCGAGGUGUUAUAUAGUCCUGACUUAUUUAAGCGCCUGAUAGAAAAUAAAAAGCAAGCAAAUAUCUGUCUGUACAGUACUAAUGUGUGACUUUCCCAGAGCGCACGAGCAGCACCACUCCUCCGACGAGGCCCUCCUGCAUGAAGACGUCACACCAACGAAGCUGCGGCACAAGCAUCCCAAGCCGGUCGCCGACAGCGAGGAGACCAGAGAUACUAGUAUCGAAGAGACCAAGACCAUCAACGCGACCUCAGUCCUGCGAUAUGACGGCAGCAAAAACAUAGCGGAGGGCAGUCGCGGCGGCGGGGACGCGGUGCAGCUGUACCUAUUGACGCAGCCGCGGACCAACUCCGGCACCGCCCCGCGCAACUCCAGCGAACAUGCAAUGCAGUCGAUGCAGACGGUGCAGCUGGUGCAGCCGGUGCAACUGGUGCAGCCGGUGCAGCCGGUGCAGUUGGUGCAGCCGGUGCAGCUGAUGCACCCAGUGGGGCCGGCGACCACAGCCCCGUCGAUGACUGCGUUGACUGCAGUGAAACCGGGCAGGCCACUGCACCCCGACGAGCAGGAGGCACAUACGGACCAGACCGAGAGCGAGGAGACCGCCGAAAGUACCGAGGACGACUCCAGCGCUGAUUCUACCACCGCGCACACCGUCACCGACAACUCGGGAGAGGCAGCGAGGUUGCUGUCGGGCGAGGACCUAGAGGCCCAGAGGGAGGUGCUGCGCCAACAGCUGCGACACAUGAUCGAUCGGAUCAGAGAGCAGCAACGAGCCCAGCGUAAAGGCGAUGAGAACGACCUCGGAGGGGGCAAGCGGCGGCGCGUGGCCAAGAGCGGCGAGCGGGCGGCCCGACCGGCACGACGGCGACAAGACCCCGCGCCCUGCACCCGCCACCACACCGCGCACCUGCAGCCCGCCGCCAGCCUCGCACAUCUCUACUCUGGGUAGUGGCGCCCGCCUCGCCCUCCUCGCCCUCCUCGCCCUCCUCGCCCUCUUAGCUGCUCUCAACUACAACAUAACUGACUUGGAAACGUUGCGCAACCACCGCCUAGGAUCAUUUCUUACAUUCUCUUGUAAUAUAAUGAGAUAGUCUUAUAAGAUAGUGUGGUCAAGUAUACUGAGAAGAAAUACCAAUAUGAACAAUUUAUCGGCGGGCCGAUCGACUUAACGGGAAACACGCAACACUGAUGCCCCAUUACCACCUAGUAUUAUCGAAUAACUUGGUUAAAUAUUAAUUUUUAUAAUUCCAAAUUGCCUUUUAAGAUUACUCUUACAAACUUUAAUCGCCAAUUUUACUCUCUAAUUUAGGAAAUUGUUAGGACAAUGUCUGACUACGGCCGGUUGCAAGAUCUAAUCUAUCGCAAUAUUUAAAUUUAUCGCAUUGUCUAGCAAUACCUUACCAGUAGUGUGCGGACAACGAAAGCCGUGAUAGAUUAAUUUACAUGAUUAAAAUGAUUAGAUACUUUCGUGUUGUGUUUGCUGUUUCCACUGACUUUGCCAUAAAACAACAGUUAAAUUCUGGUUACAUUUGUCGAAUCUACCGCGGUGACAACUGACAGGUGACAGAUGACAGAUGACCCCUGACAAAUGACAGAUGACAUAUGACUGCCGUGACCACUGCGAUGCCUGUGUGUUUGCAGCUCAGGGCCGGUGGAUGUGAAAAGACUUUCGGCUUGACGUGUCUGCUGCCCAGAGACGUGACUUAUGCAUUUUAUGUCCUGUAUAAAAGUGAAGUCAAAUAGAAUACAAUAAUGUUGGUGCCAUGUAUGUAAUUAGAUCAUGACCUGGAUGA